AUUACAAAAAAGCGAAGACACAAAAAGUUGUGCAAAAUGAGUGAUGUAAAAAACAAAAAAAAAAUAAAACAAAAAGCAUUCGUUAAGAUGUAAAUUUCUCGAAAAAAAAACAAAGCAAGAGUGAAUAGCAAAAAGUUCUACAUAAAAAAUAUAUUCGCAUAACAAAUUGAUGCAGUGCACACGCCUAGCCAAAGGACGAAAAUAGACGUGCAACGCGGGCGCAAAGCGUACCCCCUUGAAAUUGCGCAACGGGCUGACACUCGGUCGCGCGGGUUAAGCGAUAUCCCCCCACAAGACGAUGAAAAAACUACUCCUGCUUUUCCUCAUCUGCUCCUUCAAAAUAUGGGCCGAAAAUACAAGGGCAUCAAAAUUUGCAAACUCUAAGCGAAAGCGAAAUGGCAACGCAAUGAGAGAAAAUAAACUGAACAAUGACGACGUGGACCACUACAGCUUCCUCUCCUUGCGGACGGCGAACGAGGAGAAGGCUGCCACCGAAAACGACAGCAACAACGCGAAGAAGGAAGGCGAAGAAAACACCAACGGUAAUGAAAAGAAGAAUGAAGAGAAUGGCAGUGGAAACGAAAAAAGGAACGAAGAAAACAACGCAAAUGAGAAAAAAAAUGAACAAACCAAUGACCAAAGUAAUGGCCAAAGUAACAGCCAAACUAAUAUCCCCAAAAAAAAUGAAGCCGUGCCACCAGAAAAAAAAAUUAAUAAAGAAAACUUAUUAGAGUAUGGGACCCAUGACAAAGAUGGCCAUUUUAUUCCUUCCUAUAAAACACUGACGGAUGAAAUUCUGUCAACGAAUAAUUCUCUGGAAAGAGCGUCGAGCUUCCUAAAAAUCGCCUGCUCACACAUCAUGAAAAUCGUGGAAUUCAUCCCGGAGAGUAAACUGUCGUCUCAGUACAUAAAGGUGGAGUCGAAAAACGUGUACAUAAAGGACAUCACCUCGGAAUGCCAAAAUAUUUUUUUCUCGCUCGAAAAAUUAACCAUGACAAUGAUUGUCCUAAAUUCAAAGAUGAACAAGUUGGUCUACGUCCAGGAUAAGUAG